AGUGCUUCUUUUACAGUCGAACAAUUGUCUUUGUGUAUAUUUGAAGCGGACAAAGACCACGAUGCGAACCUCACACUAUAUUUAUAAGACCCAGCGAUGAUAAGAGUACUGAUACAGCGCAUGGCUCGCCGUUCACUUCCCCUUGACAUUAACACGUUCCCGCUGUGAACAUAGCAUUAUAACAUUCGCAUAGAAUCAAACAACCUCAAUGGCCCCCCGAGAAGUUACUGUCAGCCCUAAGACUGCGAUGCCGAAAGACUAUGCUUUCCUCAAGAAGGGCAUUCAGUACAAGACACUACACUCCCGUCGGCUUACACACGAAGCAGGCAAGACUGUGUACGUCGUUGAGAGUAACAAAAAAAUUAUUGGCAUCCGCGUACCCAAAGAUAUUUUGUCUCGCGUACACGCACAGGCGAACGAGACCCUUGCCGCCCGCAAGCUCGCGACCGCAAAACGCGAUACAGCCACCAUUCGUCAAGCAGCUGCUGAGCUCGACUCGCAGUUCUCCAAAAUACCAGAACAUGACAGGGAGCUGGUACUGAAGCACGGCUUCAAGAAGCACUCGGGGCGCGUUGGACGGACAAGGAUGAUACCCCUUUCGCGAAAAGUGCCGUAUGCGGUAAUUGCGCACGUUAGGCAUAGGCAUACCAACUACGACAGGUUGCUAGAUAGUGGCAUGAGUAGGGACGCUGCGAGGAAGAAGAUCCAGAAGAAGUUGCAGGACACGCUGAGACAAUGGGGCAAUAAGCAAGGUAGGCGAUCAAGCUCUAAGUGAGCUAGGCUUUCGCUGACGGUGGGAGAUCUUUCUUGGUACUUUGAAAGCAGUAGACUUACGGAGAGUGAAAGUGACGUAGAAGAUCCUUGAAGUAAGUGGGUUCUACAU